GUACAUGUGUGUCAGUGUUAGGGUUUUGAGUGUGGGAAUUAAGGGUUUUGGUUGUCUUCUACCCACCCCUUUGGGUAGUCUUUAAUUUUUUGGCUUUUGGUUGUUGUAUAUGAAUUUAAGAGGCUUGAUUUACACACCCACAAACAGAGACAAUUAUCUGGGUAUGUGAUGAGAGGUUGAAUUUAAAUAUCAAACCCAUUUUGAAACAGUGAUAUAGAUUUUUAUUUUUUGAGACAAAAGGGAUAGUUUUGAGUUUCUUGAUGAGUUUUGGGGGGUUUUAUGGUGGUGGUAGUGAUUCAAGAAUGAUGAUGGCUGAUGGUUCUUUUAACAAUAUGCCAUUUCAUAGGGCUCCCUAUUCUCAGCAACAACUCAUCACUUCAACUAUUCCUCAGCCUAUUUAUAACUCACAAUCACUCUCUCUUGCUUUAAAGCCCAAGAUGGAAGGACUUGGAGAUCAUGUUGGUUUGAUAGGUGAAAACUUUGAAGCAAAUCUUGGAAGGGUUAGAGGAGAUGGAUCUGAAAGCAGGUCUGGUGGAAGUGAUAAUGUAGAAGGUGCAUCUGGUGAUGAACAAGAUAUCCCUGCCGGCCCAUCUUCGGGUUUGCGCCCGCGACAGAAAUAUCACCGCCAUACUCCCUACCAAAUUCAAGAACUUGAAGCCUCUUUUAAAGAUAAUCCUCACCCUGAUGAGAAAGAAAGAUUGGCGCUUGGAAAGAAGCUGAAUUUGGCAAACAAGCAAGUCAAAUUCUGGUUUCAAAACAGAAGAACUCAAAUGAAGACUCAAAUGGAGCGCCAUGAAAAUGCAAUUUUGAAGCAAGAAAAUGACAAGUUACGGAUUGAAAACAUAGCCAUGAAAGAAGCAAUUCGCGCUCCAGUCUGUAACAAUUGUGGCGGUCAGGCAAUGGUUGGAGACAUAUCAAUAGAUGAACACCAUAUCAGGAUUGAAAACGCUCGAUUACGAGAUGAACUUGACCGGGUUUCUAUUCUUGCUAAUAAGUUUCUUGGCAGGCCUUUAUCGUCCUUCGGUGGUUCAUUACCACUUGGAAUGGGGAGUUUCAACUUAGAACUUGGUGUUGGGAGAAACGGGUACGGUUUAAACCCAAUGGAUGUAGGAUUACCAAUGGGGCUCGAUUACAGCAACGGGAUCUCGAAUGUUUUGCCUUUAAUGUCACCUUCAAGACCUGGAAUGAUGGUGGCUGGUGGUGUUGGGUUGGAUCUUUCAUAUGAAAAGAAUAUGUUUUUAGAUCUUGCAAUGAGUGCAAUGGAUGAACUAAUGAAACUUGGACAGAAUAAUAACCUUCUAUGGAUCGGGAACACAGAAGGUGGCGGUGAAGUGCUCGAUCCAAAUGAGUAUACGAGGAAUUUUCCGCUUUGUCUCGGUAUGAAACCGCACGGUUAUGUUUCCGAGGCUUCACGAGCUAGCGGGGUUGUGAUGAUCAAUAGUGUGGCUCUUGUGGAUGCAUUACUAAAUGUGAAUCAGUGGAGAGAUAUGUUUCUUGGUAUGAUCGGGAGUAGUAGCAUGAUCGAUGUGAUUUCGGGUGGCACCGGAGAUUCAAGAAACGGCGUUGUUCAACUCAUGCAAGCCGAGAUUCAGUUGGUAUCGCCAUCAGUACCGGCUCGUCAAAUGCGGUUUAUUCGGUACUGCAGGCAACACGCGGAAGGCGUAUGGGCCGUUGUUGACGUGUCAGUUGAUGCCGGAAGAGAAGGUUCAACAUCUCGGAGACUUCCUUCGGGCUGUAUCGUGCACGACAUGCCUAACGGUUGCUCAAAGGUAAUGUGGAUCGAGCAUACCGAAUAUAACGAGAGUGGAGUUCCUCAGCAUUACCGCCCACUACUUAGAUCAGGGUUGGGUUUCGGGGCUCAAAAAUGGAUUGCGACCCUACAAAGGCAUUUCGAGUGCAUAGCAACCAUCAUGUCACCGGAUACAACCAUCGAAAAUGGUUCAGUUUUAUCACCGGGUGGUAAAAGAAGCUUAGCUAGUCUUGCACAACGCAUGACGGCUAAUUUCUGUGCCGGGGUUUGUGCAACGGGUGGUCACAAAUGGGAGGUGGUUAGUAACGAACCAGAGGCUGCUAGGAUUUUGAUCCGUAAAAGUUUGAAUAAUCUCGGGGACCCAUCUGGCGCGGUUUUAAGUGCUAGUAUGUCAGUUUGGAUGCCCAUACAACAUCAGCGAUUGUUUGCUUUGAUGCUAAAUGAAGAAUUGAGGAGCAAGUGGGACGUUUUGUCCCCUGGUAGUGCAAUGCAAAACAUGAUUUGUUUACCUAAAACUCAGGAUCUUGGCAACCUCAACACCAUUUCCCUACGUGCCAAUGCUACGGGUCCUAAUGCAAAUCAGAACUCAGUGCUAGUACUUCAGGAUAGUGCAACAGACGUGACUGGAUCACUCAUGGUAUACGCGGCUGUGGAUGUUGAGGCGAUCACAGUCGUGAUGAACGGUGGAGAUUCGUCCUAUGUCGCGCUCCUGCCAUCAGGGUUCGCCAUAGUGCCCGACUGUGUGGCUGAGUCAGGUGUAAAAGCUGAAGGUGAAGGUGGAUCCCUACUGACUGUUGGGUUCCAGAUAUUGGUCAACGAUUUGCCAUCAUCGAACAUCAAGAUGGAGUCAGUCAAUACGGUUAUCAAUUUGAUUACCCGCACGGUUCAAGGGAUCAAAGAUGUGAUUCAUUCUGAUCAACAAGGAAGGCAGAUCAGUAGCUAGAAUAUUGAUCUAUAUCUAUAUUGUUUUUUUUUAUUGGACAAGAUGGUGUGGAUUUAAUUUGUAUUGAAGAGGAGAGUAUGGGUCAGGUUCGAUCUCAUGAACUAGGGUUUGAGUCAAGAACGAACCGCGAUAACCUUUUGUGGUUCGGGUAUUGACUCAGUGACCUAUGAGAUGUAUGAACUCAGCUUUGUUAGCUUCUCUUGUUUCUUGUUUUACUUGUGUUUGUAUUCAUGGAAUUGGGAACUGAUAUCUCUUUGCUUUCCUAGUUUGAUCUUGCUUGUGGAGCUCUCGGUUUAAAA